AUGUCUCCCCAUGAGAGCAUCAUGAAGGUACUCCACGAGAAACGCAACUCAAUGAGAGCAUCCAUCGAGAAGUUCCUCCCUAACAUCCUCAUGUGCCACAACCUCCUAAAUCGAGAUGCCUUGGACACCGAUCUCCCUCGCUUUAUCCUGGAUCGCAAAUUCCAGUUUUUCCAUCAUCUUGUCAGGGGUGUUUAUGGAUGGGAGCUGUUUGUGUUGGUGAUGCGAGCACAUAAAUGUACCAUGGUCAAGAUGAACACUUUCCUCUACUGGGCACAGGAUGUCCAGUCAUAUCCCAACCCUCUCACUGACCAUCGUCAGCGCUCUCUCCGUGGGUCGAUAUUCUCGACCAAGGAUAGCGAUAUCUUUCUCGCCUUUGCCCACAUGACUGCACCGGUGUAUCUUGCCUGCUCCGAAAUCCCUCGCUCAAAUCCGCCACUCUCAAAACCAUCCUUCUCACCAUGGCGGAAUAAGGUUGGCAUUGAGAGUCUUGCUUCUCAUGAUGAUUGGCAGAAGCUCGACAGGAUAUUCCAUCCACACCGUCUUGCACAUGGUCUGGCCUUUAAGCGUGAGGCCCGAGGUGUCGCCAUUCGCACCGAUCCAGCAGCGCCAACACCCCAGCUUGCCAAUCGUCUCCGAAAUAUUCAGCGAAUGGAGACCAAUCUUCAAGAUCGGAAGAUUUGUGCUGCCAAUAGGGCAAAAAAGCCUCCGAAGGACAACACCAUCAUGCAGCUUCUCAAUCAACCGUCAGAUUACAAGGCAUUCAACUCAAGUCUUGCAUCUUUAGCAAAAAAGCCGCUGUUGCUCGAUUGGUUCCCAAAGCCUCAUCCCACUCAUACAGAGCUCGAGAUCUAUGUCUUGAAGAAGAACUUAAAGGACAAGAAGACCUCGCAAACCUAUUGGUUCCCACCGUACGAGAUUUUCCUCACAGGUGACAAUCCGGAGACCGCUAAGAUACGCUGGAAGUUUCUUCUCAUGUUCCGCCCUCAUAUCUUCAACCGCCACCUCCUCUCUCUCCAUGAUCCUGCAGUUCGCCCGCUCACCAAGAGACAGUGGCGAAACAUCUCUUCUGGAGCAGAGUUUCGGAGCAGGUGGCCCCAGGGAGAGUCCUUUCCUCCCUUCGAUCCGAGUCGCUACUGGCGUGCAGGGCUUGACGAAAUGUUUGGUACAGUGGCUCCAGCACGUGCCAAGGAGGGUGUUUGCUCGUUGGAGGACUUUGAGUCCGAAAUCGCCCCAAGUCUCCUCAGCUGUGGAUGCGAUGUCAGCACGAUUGACUGGGAGACCGAUACAGAGCUAAAGACCCUCCUCGCGAUCACUUCUGCUGAGAUGGCCCUUUUACACGAGUUUGUGCUUAUUGAUAGGGAGUGA